AUGCUAGAGAACCUACUUAUUUACACCUUCAGUGUAGGAUUUUCUGGGGAUAUUCGUGAAGAGGGUUACGGCGAUAUUGUUGAUCCAGGUUACAGCGAUAUUGUUGAUCCAGGUUACAGCGAUAUUGUUGAUCCAGAUUACGGCGAUAUUGUUGAACCAGGUUACGGCGAUAUUGUUGAGCUAGGUUACGGCGAUAUUGUUGAGUUAGGUUACGGCGAUAUUGUUGAUCCAGGUUACGGCGAUAUUGUUGAUCCAGGUUACGGCGAUAUUGUUGAGCCAGGUUACGGCGAUAUUGUUGAGCCAGGUUACGGCGAUAUUGUUGAGUUAGGUUACGGCGAUAUUGUUGAUCUAGGUUACGGCGAUAUUGUUGAUCCAGGUUACGGCGAUAUUGUUGAUCCAGGAUACAGCGAUAUUGUUGAUCCAGGUUACGGCGAUAUUGUUGGUCCAGGUUACGGCGAUAUUGUUGAUCCAGGUUACGGCGAUAUUGUAAGUUCCGGCAAAUGUUUCCAGUCCCUGCACUAG